CAAAACGUCAAGUCUCGGACUCGUCAGGUGUCAAUGUAACCAAUAUUUUUUUUGCGUUCGAUCGAAAUAGUACCGUCAAGGGAAAAAGAGAUCAGGCUGAUGAUCAGGGUUGUCAGUGAUGUCCUGUCUGAACGGCGUACACGCCCAGAUAGUCACGUUCUUUUCCGUUCCCCAUGAGAUUCUCUCCCUUCAGCACAAGGUUUUUCGCGAAUAUGCCAAGGUAGCCGUUGGUCCGGAUUUCAUUCACACCUUGCCGUCACUUUUGAUCUUGACCGCGAUGACGUUACUUUUGUGGAAGCAUCCACCGAAUUCCAAGUGGUUCUUUCAAGUUACAAACGGCUUCCCGUUGAUCUACAAAACUUUUCAGAUCACCACCGCUUGGGCAGCAAUCGACAUGGUUUUUUGGUCUUGGUUGAUUUUCCAAAGAAUACUUUAUUGCAUGGUUUGGAUUUAUUGGAGUUACGAAACCGAAUAUCGUGACAUAGUAUAUCCUUGGUGGCAACGAGUUUGGUCCUUGUAUUAUCCGUCCCCAACGCAAUCACCAGUUCUCUCGGCCGGCUUCAUUAGCUGGAUCAUUUCAAUGUCGCUUUCAGUCUUGGCGUUAGCUUGUGCCAUAUCUACGAGGCGUGUCAGAGCCUUCCUCGACGAUUUUUCAAUCAUUCUACAGGAUUUAUUUAUCACGAUUAAACAUUAUGUCGAAUAUCUCAUGAAGAAAAUACGUGAAAUUGCGUUGUCCUGGGAUAGCGACAAGUCUUCUUGCGACGGUGCCGAUGGAAGUGAUGUCAGUUCUCUGUGCGAAGACUAUGGAUCGGAGAUCUCAAAUAUUAAACAAUCGAAACGUCAGCAGGUGCAUCCGAUCUGUUAUGGAACUAACUGGACGCCCAAGCCGAAUUUCUUGAGUUUUGGUAAAGAAGCGCAGAGGAAAGCUUCGAUGAAGUCCGUGCACACUGUAACGGGUGUCACAGAAACACAACGCGCAGAGAAAUUUUCACCCAGACGUCAUAAACGUGGCUGUCACACAGCAAUACCUAGCAAUUCGAGUGACAAAUCGAGCGGAUGUUAAACCAUUCCAUUCUUUUAAGAAUGUUUUUUUGUCAUUUUUACUAGAAA